AUGGGAAAUAAUUAGCAAAAAGUUAGAGAAGGAGAAAGAGUAGAGAUAAGAAAUAAAAGAAGUUUUAAUCCAAAUUCAAGCAAAAAAAUAAGAGCUUCAAGCGCAUUACAGUCUCAUUCAAGCGCAUUUGUAUAAGAUUCUGCAAUUUAAUCAAGAGGAACUGCUAAUUUUGGAUUACUUCCAAACUAAUUUGUUUAAUCUUAAAUUGUAAAUAGUUAUUAGCAACAACCAACAUUUACUAACAAUAAAGUAGUAUCAUAAUCUGUCUCUCCUAUUAAUAAUAUUAAUAAGCUAAAUGUAUCUAAUAACUAAAUUUAUACACCAACAAAUCAAGGAUAAGACAAUAUGCUUGGUUUAACACCAAGGACAUUUUAAAGAGCAAAUGAUGCUAGCACUAAUAAUAAUAUGGCUAAUUAUUACAAUAACCUAACUUCUCAAAUAGUUUCAACACCAAGCAAUAAUUAAACUAUUCUUUAAAGUAAGGCAAUAGAUAAAUCAUAAAUACAUUCAGGAGCAAACACAUUAGUUUUAAAUAAGUAUUAUAAUGGAAAAAACUAAAAAAACAAACCAAAUUUUGUAGUGAAUAAAUAUUUUGAUGGAUAAUUAAUAGAUUAAAAUGUACUGAAUAAUAUAUCAUAGAAUCAUUUGAAUAAAACUUAAAUCAAAGCCGAUACAAGUUUUAAUACAAGUAUGAGCACUAGAAAAGAUAGGUUACCCAUGAGUGAACGUUUACUCCAUCGUAGGCAUAGUGAUAAUUCUAUUGCAACCUUUUAGCAGUAAAUUGAAGCCUUUACUAGAAGAUCUAUUAGAGAAAGAAAAAAAAAAUACAAAAGAUAUGAGAAUUAAGAGAAUUUUGUUAAAGCUAUUGAAUUUAGUGCUGAUUAUAAACUGUGUGCAAAUCUUUUCACUGGAUCUUCUUAAACUUUAGUACAACCAACUUUAUUAGUUUAUAAUUAGGAUCUUCUCUAACCUAUAGAUCCAACACAACAAAAUUAAAAAUCUCCCUUACAAUCUCAAAGAGCUUUAGAGCUCUAAAUUUAUUUAUAAUUCUUAAAUGAUACUGAGAAUAAUUCAAUUUCAAAUGUAGAUUUUAUUCAACUAGCUAAAGAGAAAAAAGAGGAUGAAGAUCUUAAAUUAAUUUAAUAUUUAAGGGAAUAGCAAAAAAGUAAUACAUAAAUACUCAAACAUCCUAGUAGAUUGAACUAAUAAGUUUAAGAGAAAUAAAAAAAAUAAAUUUAAAAUUACUUUGAAAGCAAAAGUGAGCUGCCAAAUAGAGAUUUUGCAAAUAUGAUUGAUGAACAAUUUAGAAAGGCUAAUUAAUAAUAAAAUGGUUUAAAUGCAAAUAGUUAAAUCCAAGCUUAAGCAAAUUAAAUUACUAGUAAUUAAUAAUUUAAUAUAUUUGACAAAAAUAGUAAUUAACUAAAUCCUUCAUUCUCUUAAAAUCUAAAUAAUAAUAGCAAAAAUCUUCAUCAAAUUUAAAUGUAGCUCUUUUAGCAGUAAUCUAAAAAUAUACAAGCAACUAUGAAUUAAUAAAUUUAAGAAAAUACUCACAAUCAAUAAAUUUAAAAUGGAAACGGUUUCUCAAAAAAUACCUUUUAUCAACGUUAAUUGACCCUAGGAUAGUAAGAGCAAGGAGACAACAAUCACAUUACAGAAGAAGAAUGGAAAAAAUUGGCUAAUCCUCUGCAUGACAAUAGCCCAAAGCAGAUUUAAAAUGAAGAACAUAAUUUUGAGGAACAAAAGAAUUAGUAAAAUUUAAAUAGCGAUAAUGAUGAUGAAGAUGAUGAUGAAAAAUAUAUCAAGGUUGAUUUCGAUAAUUAAAAUUAACACUUUAAUAAUUAAAACAGUCCUUUUGCAAAAAAUAUUAUAUAAAACUAAAACGGAUUCAGUAAUAUGUCUAGCAUAGUUAUGAAUAAUUCUCAAUAAUCAGAACAAAUUUAAAAUUCAAAAGAAAAUGUUUAAAAAUAGAAUGAGGAUAAAACUAAAAAUAAAAAAAAAAUGUAGCAUUCUAAGUAAAAUAGCCAACAGUCAAAGUAACUUGGUUAAAAUAUAAACAAUAGUCAAAAAAAUAUGAUGCAAAACUAAUAAAUAAUGAACAAUUAAGAAAAUAUUGUAUAAAAUAGUAGUUUAAAAAGUAAAGUUUAAAAUAAUAUAAUUAACUCAUAAAAAAAUAAAAAUUCAAAUUUACCUGAAUAAUAGUAGCUUAACAAUUCAAAUCCUAAGAAGAUCCCUAUUAAAAUAAUUGGCUUGCAGAUAGCUGAUAGUGAUGGCAUAAAUUCCUUAGAUUAGUUUCAUGAAGUUUAAUCAGAUGAGAUUUAUGAUCAUAAGCACUAAAAUGAUCACAGUCCAAGAACUCACUCAUAAGAUAAUAGUUUAUUAAGAGAGAGUCAAAUAUCAGUUGUAUCUGAUGAAGAAAAAAUGUUACAUUUUUAAAACUAAUUGAAAAUGUAAUAACAAAAAUAAAAUAAUUCAACUAAUCAAGUUUUUCAAAAUCAAAUUGAGCAAAAUUAAUAAUCUUCAAAAACAACCCACUUUCUGCCAAAUUUUUAAUUUAAUCAUUUACCAAUAAAUGCAAAAGGCACAAUUGUAGUAGAUUAAAAAAAUAAUCAGAGCUUGAUUUAAAAUAAUUUAAAUUAAUAAUAAGAUUUUGAUAAAAAGAAAUAUUAAAAUUCAUAUCAUGCCUCACCAGAUAAGGAUUAUAAUUCCGAAGUAAAUGAAAGCUUAUACUAAGAUGUCCAUAAAUUAGAGUAAGAAGACAAUAUUAGAAGAUUGGCACUUAAAAAAGCAGAAGAAGAGUAUGAUUUAGAAAUUAGAAAGAAAGAAAUUGAAAUGAUGCUCUUAGAUAAAAGAAUAGAAUAAAAAAAAGAAACAAAUUUUCAAAGUCAUAGGAAUAAAUAAUUUAGAAUGGAAGAGUUGGCAAAUAAACAUUAUUAAGAAUUAAAAAAUUAAUAUGAAACAAACGAUCAUGUUGAUAGGAUGAUUGAUUAAUCUCUCAAUAAGAACUAAAUUGAUGGAUUUAUGAAAAGAUACCAGAAUAGUACUUUAAAUACAACAAAUCCUAUUUAAAAAGGAAAUCAGAGCAAAUUAAAUACCUUUAAUUAAAGCAUUAGCUCGAACUAUCCAUCUCAAAAAAAGGGAGAAGUAUUGCAGAAUUCAAACGAUAAAUAUAAAUCAUCAUACAUGAAUACUAAUCAAUAUUAAAAUUAACAUAAAAAAAAGAGAAAUAUGUAAGUAGAUUCCUUCAAGUAAACACUUUUUUAAAAUUAAAAUUAUCUUUAGUCAAAUCAGUCAAGUGCUGAAAAAAAGCAAGAAUCUGUUUUCAAUAGCAAAUUUUAUUAAGAAAAUGAGUAGCAAUUAGUCAAGAAUAUUAUGAACUAAAACAUAUUCAAAAAAGAAGACUAAGAAAAUUAAUAAAAAAAUGUUUCUGAAUACUAUCUUUAAAAGUUGAAAUAAGGACAAUUAUAAAGAGAGAAGGAAAAGUAAGAGUAAUUAGCUUAUUAAUAAAAGUAACACUAAGACUAGUAAAAUAAGUUGUAAAACUAAAAAAUGGCAAGAUUUUAGUCUGAAGAAAGUUAAUAAUAUAACCAUGAUGGAUAAGGCAUUGAUAAUUUAGAUUUAUUUUAAGAAUUUGAUGAGGCAGAAAGCCAUCACUAAGAUGAAGAUGAUGAGAAUGAUCAUGAAUAUAUUAAUGAGUAAGAUAAACUAACUGAAAAUGAAGAAGAAUAUGCAGAAGAUUCUGAUGAUAGCAUGCAUAAUUAUAACUAAGAAAACAAACCAAUAGAAUUAAAGAUGGAUUUAAAUUAUUUCAAGAAAAACAGAAAACAUACUUCUGAUUUUAGCGAAGAAGAGGAAGAACAUAAGAGUGGUGUAAAAUCUAGUUAGACAUAAAAUUAAGCAGAAGUUAUACCUAUUUAAUUAGAUAUCAAAGAUUUUAUCAAAAAGAAAACAGAAAAUAAUAAAAAUAACAAUUUAGAUAGCAAUUUUUAAUUCGCCUAAAGUGUAAUUUAAAGUUCAAAAGAUGCUUCUCGAAUAUAAAGAACUGAUCAAAGAAAGACAGGAAAUAAUCUGACUGAAGCAUAAAAUCUUGUAUAAAGUGUAAAAGAAAACAUGAAAAAGGUUAGUAAUAAUAAACUUGCAUAAACUCAACAAUUGGAAGUUAAGAGAAAAGAUAGUGAGAAUUCACCUAUUAGUGCAAGAGGAAGCAUUCCAGGUUUUGGAGAUAGAAAAAAUUCAGAGUCAGAAGGCGAAUCAAUAUUAAAAUCAAUAACUUAGCAAGUCAUAAAAUUGAAAGGCAAGAUAGAAAAAGAUAAAGUUAAUUUAGACUAAAGCAACAUAGAAUACUAAACAAAAAUUGCAAGUAAAGUUAUUAAUACACUAAAUAAUAGUAAAGAUGGCAGUCAUUAUGGCUAUACAGAAGAUUUGAUGAAUAAUAGUAAUUUACAUCCUUCUUCUAGCAAUAAGAUAUUAAAUUAAAUAUCAUCUUAAUAGAAUCUUGGUAGCCAGAAUGAAUUUUUUUAAAAUUAAAAAACAUCCAAAUCUAGUACAAAUCUUAAGUAAAAUCAAUUACAAAGUUAGCCUUUAAAUUCUCCAUAACAACAAUAAAAUCCUUAGCAAUAGAAGUAAACACAGCAAUUUUAAUUUUAGCAGUAAUAAUAAUAACAACCAAUUUUGAUAAACAUUAAUCCUACUACCCCUUCAGCUUCAUAGAAGUCUCAUUAAUCCUUAGGCAAUGAUUCUAAAAUAUCAUAAAGAAGCUAAUUAAUUCAAUAAAACUAAAUGAAUAGCAACAAUACUUCCAAUAAAUAGACUCCAAGAAAUAAUUCUCACAACUAAAAAAAUAUUUAUAAUUAGUAGGAAAAUAUGAACUUUCAUUCUCCCAACACUCUAGGUGAUCCCAAUUAGAGUAUUCCUAUUCAAUUUAAUAAGGCUGUAUCUGAGUAUGAUUAUGAGUCUUAAUCUCAGUUUAGCUCUUUCCCUAAUGAGGAAAAGAUGAAUAAUAAAAGGUAAAAUAUCAUAAAAACACUCUAUAUUGAUCAAAAGUAAUAUUCUGCUUCUCCUUCUGAACAAAAAUUAGGUUAUGAUGCUGCGAUGGCCAAACGCUAAAAUACACUAUUGGCAAUUAAUUCUUAAGUCGAACAAAGUGAUUAAAGUCUGAACAAUAAGCCAUAGAGCUAAUUCUAUAAUAAUAAUUAGCAAGAUAGAAGAUAGAGUACUAAUUCAUAAAUUUCAAUACGCUCAAAUGCUAACAAUUUACCAGCAACUAAUGCUAUAGAAAGCCAAUAGUAUAUCUAAAAAAUAGAAUCUAACAAUUAAUUACCAUCAAAAAUAUCUAGUUAAAAGUCAAUAGAUAUAAAUGUGAAACAAAAUAAUAACAAUCAAUUCGAAAAUUUAAAUAACUUUUAAAAUAAUAAGCCUAAUAAUUUAGAUUCAAUAGAUUAGUAAUAAGAUCAUGAUGAAUAUUUCGAAAAUUAACCUGCAUAAUUUUAGUAAUUUUCCUCUCCAUUGAUUGACUAAAGUAUAGUAAGAAAACCAUCUUUCACAAAACCUAGAUCUUCGAAAUUUACAAGUAAUUUAAAUAGUGAAGGAGGUAAUUAAACAAGCUAUUUCUUUGAUAUGCCUGAAGAUACCCUAGGAAAGACAGUAGAAAAUGAUGCAUUCUAAUUUGAUUAAAAUCAUCCAGAUAUGAGAAAAUAAAGUUCUGGGUAUUCAUAUCAUUCGAAUAGCUUUUAUGCUAUGAACAGUUAAAAAAGUUCUGUUUCAAAUAAGCAGUUAUAAAAAGGAGGAAAUAACUCUCAAAGAGCUUCAAAUGCUGGAAUUGAUUUCUUUAACUUUCCCAGUUAAGGUUAAACGUCUAGUCAUCAACAAAUACCAACUUCAAGCAAAUAAUCAAUAACAGAAAAAAUGUCAAUGUAAAGUUAAGUGGAAUAAAAUCAACGCAGAUCAUCUUAACAAUAAAACUUUGACUUUUUUUAAUUUCCUACACAGAACAAUAACAACAAACCAUAAGAGAGAAAUAGUUAUGUUUUUGACGAUAAUCAUAUUAAAGAAAAUCAUGAAAAUAAUUAUUUUCCCAAUCGUUAGUCUGAUAACCAUGCUUUUAACAACUAAUAAAAUGAUCUGGAUUUACAUUAAUACGAGAGCAACGAUUAUGUAAAUAAAGCUAAUUAUUAACCUCAUUAAUACUAAUAUAAUAACCACGAAGAUAAUUAAGAUGGUGGUUUUGAUUUCAAUGCCUUUGGGGAUCACUAUGGUGACUAAAAUUAUUAAAAUAAUAGUAAAUAACCUUCAAAUAUAAAAAUUGAUGUAAACAUCAUUAAAAAAAGAUGA